AUGCCGACCGUCAUUAGCCCGUCUGUGGCCCCCCGGACAGGAGCUGAGCCCAGAUCCCCAGGGCCAGUUCCCCAGCCAGCCCAUGGGAAGACCACCGAGGCAGGGGGAGGAAACCCAAGCGGCAUCUAUUCAGCUAUCAUCAGCCGCAAUUUUCCUAUUAUCGGAGUUAAAGAGAAGACAUUUGAGCAACUGCACAAGAAAUGUCUAGAAAAGAAGGUUCUUUAUCUGGAUCCUGAGUUCCCACCGGAUGAGACCUCUCUCUUUUAUAGCCAGAAGUUUCCCAUCCAGUUCGUCUGGAAGAGACCUCCGGAAAUUUGUGAAAAUCCUCGCUUUAUCAUUGGUGGAGCCAACAGAACUGACAUCUGUCAAGGAGAUCUUGGGGAUUGCUGGUUUCUGGCAGCCAUCGCUUGCCUGACCCUGAACGAGCACUUGCUUUUCCGAGUGAUACCCCAUGAUCAGAGCUUCACAGAAAACUAUGCGGGAAUCUUCCACUUCCAGUUCUGGCGCUAUGGAGAUUGGGUGGACGUGGUUAUCGAUGACUGCCUGCCAACGUACAACAAUCAGCUGGUUUUCACCAAAUCCAACCACCGCAAUGAGUUCUGGAGUGCUCUGCUGGAGAAGGCCUAUGCUAAGCUCCAUGGUUCCUAUGAAGCCCUGAAAGGUGGGAACACUACAGAGGCCAUGGAAGACUUCACGGGAGGAGUAACAGAGUUUUUUGAGAUUAAGGAUGCUCCCAGAGACAUGUACAAGAUCAUGAAGAAAGCUAUCGAGAGAGGCUCCCUCAUGGGCUGCUCCAUUGAUGAUGGCACCAACAUGACCUAUGGAACCUCUCCUUCUGGGCUGAAAAUGGGGGACUUGAUUGAACGCAUGGUGAGGAAUAUGGAUAACUCGCGGCUCAGGGACUCAGACCUCAUCUCAGAUGACAGACCAACUCGGACGAUUGUUCCAGUUCAAUAUGAGACAAGAAUGGCCUGCGGGCUAGUCAAAGGCCAUGCCUACUCUGUCACUGGCCUAGAUGAGACCAUGUUCAAGGAUGAGAAAGUGAAGCUGGUGCGGCUGCGGAACCCCUGGGGCCAGGUGGAGUGGAUUGGCUCCUGGAGUGAUGGUUGGAAGGACUGGAGUUUUGUGGACAAGGAUGAGAAGGCCCGUCUGCAGCACCUGGUCACUGAGGAUGGAGAGUUCUGGAUGUCGUAUGAAGAUUUCAUUUACCAUUUCACGAAGCUGGAGAUCUGCAACCUCACAGCGGAUGCCCUGGAGUCUGACAAGCUUCAGACCUGGACGGUGUCUGUGAAUGAGGGCCGCUGGGUGCGGGGCUGCUCUGCAGGAGGCUGCCGCAACUUCCCAGACACCUUCUGGACCAACCCGCAGUACCGCCUGAAGCUCCUGGAGGAGGACGACGACCCCGAUGACUGCGAGGUGAUCUGCAGCUUCCUCGUGGCCCUGAUGCAGAAGAACCGGCGGAAGGACCGGAAGCUCGGGGCCAACCUCUUCACCAUCGGCUUCGCCAUCUACGAGGUUCCCAAAGAGAUGCAUGGGAACAAGGAGCACCUGCAGAAGGACUUCUUCCUGUACAAUGCCUCCAAGGCCAGGAGUAGAACCUACAUCAACAUGCGGGAGGUGUCUGAGCGCUUCCGCCUGCCUCCCAGCGAGUAUGUCAUCGUGCCUUCCACCUAUGAGCCCCACCAGGAGGGAGAAUUCAUCCUCCGCGUCUUCUCUGAAAAGAGGAACCUCUCUGAGGAUGUUGAAAAUACAAUCUCUGUGGAUCGGCCAGUGAAAAAGAAAAAAAACAAGCCUAUCAUCUUCGUUUCGGACAGAGCAAACAGCAACAAGGAGCUGGGUGUGGACCAGGAAUCAGAGGAGGGAAAAGACAAAACAAGCCCCGAUAAGCGAGAGAAAUCCUCACAGCCACAGCCUGACAACACAGACCAAGAAAGCGAAGAGCAACAACAAUUCCGGAACAUUUUUAGGCAGAUAGCGGGUGAUGACAUGGAGAUCUGUGCAGACGAGCUCAAGAAUAUCCUUAACACAGUUGUGCACAAACAUAAGGACCUGAAGUCGCAAGGCUUCACGCUGGAGUCCUGCCGCAGCAUGAUCGCGCUCAUGGACACAGAUGGCUCUGGGAGGCUGAACCUGCAAGAGUUCCAUCACCUCUGGAAGAAGAUCAAGGCGUGGCAGAAAAUUUUCAAAAAGUAUGACACAGACCACUCUGGUACCAUCAACAGCUAUGAGAUGAGAAAUGCAGUCAAUGACGCAGGAUUCCAUCUCAACAGCCAGCUCUACGACAUCAUCACCAUGCGGUAUGCAGACAAAUACAUGAACAUCGACUUUGACAGUUUCAUCUGCUGCUUUGUCAGGCUGGAGGGCAUGUUCCGAGCUUUUAAUGCAUUUGACAAGGAUGGAGACGGUAUCAUCAAACUCAACGUUCUAGAGUGGCUGCAGCUCACCAUGUAUGCCUGAACCAAGCUGGUCUCAUCCAAGCCCCUGCAGAAUCUCUCAGGACUUCAACUUCACCCAAUAUAGCUACAGCCAAAGGAUGCAAUUGCUGUACUCCUAGCAGGCUCCAGGAGAUCAUUGAUCUUGUUCCUCCCCCCCUUCUCUCCCCACUUGGCCUCCAGGCGUCUGUUCUUGUCCUGCCCCGCCUGACCCUUUAGUAAAGGAAUGAAGGAGAACAAUUUUGUCCCCUUGCCACAGGGAAGCAGGCGUCUCUCUUCCUCAGCUAGCUGAAAGGAACUGGAGUGGCCUCCACCCUGAGGCAAGUGCUUACCUUAGCUUACCCUAGGCUGUUCCCAGAAGCAUUUGCCAAUGGUAUUCAGCACUUCCUUGUGCUAGAGCCUCUGACACCUUUAUGCCCUGUCACAAUUGGGACAAACUAGCACUUGGUUCUGCCUGAGUGUUUCAGGAUGGACUUGCUCCAGAAUAAACUAGCUCACUGGAAGAGGCCUGGACACAAGGCUGUCUGCCUUACAAAUUU